AUGGGUGCUCAGCAGUCACACAGCGGCAGCGACAAGUCAUACCGCACAGCUCCCACCGAAUACUCGAGCGCUUCUUCAAAACGACCCACUCGAAUACAUCACAACACCUGCGAAGGCGUAAGCGAAAAUGUACCUCGCUACUUCGACGAUCGAAUACCUCAACAAAGUCCACGUACAUCUGUGGAAUCGUACACGUCUUCGAUAGCUAGCGACGAGCUCCCGGCAGAGGACGAGCUUCCUGAUUAUCACGUCCCUGAGUACAGUGCACAGCGCUAUGGUCCAGCCGCCAUUGCCGCUACGCCAGCAGAUUUCUCCCAGCUUUUCCCAUCACAUCGUAGACUUGCCAUUCGGCAUGACGACUCUACCUUGGAUGGGAACAUGAACUUGCGCGUUGACACCGACGUCAAUCUCCAUGGCCGAAGACGUGACAUGACUCUCUUCCACUUGCGCAUGCAUGACUUACGAGAUCGCGAGUUCUCCUUGCGUCGCUACUGCAGAGACUCUGGUCGUGAAGUCUGCCACUCAUCUCGUAAGGUCCACAAGUCGCCGAUUGAAAAGCGACCUGGAUUUCAACGAUCGUUGAGCAAUGCUUUGAGUAGUAUGCGGACAAGGUCCGAGCAGAAAACUCCAACCCUGGCAAGUCUCAAACGGAAUGACUCUGGUUACGCGUCCUUGAACUCGUCCGUUGAUUUCGAUGGGAAUCCUCGGCCGCAUUCGGCGAGCGCCACUCCAAAAGCCCAGCAGCAGCACGUCGAUCCGAACACCAUGCAUCUCGAGUUCUCCAACUAUGCGCAUCUCGACAUGAAGCGGGCUGGAGGGAAGGGCAGUAAGCGCUACGGCUUUGAGUACUGGGGUUCGCAUUAUUCCUGGAGGCGCACUGUGCGAAAGGGGGGCGAGACCAAAGCAGUCUCAUAUCAGCUUACAAAAGCUGGUCAAGACGGACCUGUUGCGCACAUCAUUCCUGCGCCGCUCACGCCUGCCCAGAUGGAGGAGGAACACAGGCUUGGAGGUUGGGUACCGCCUUGCUCGAUGUGGAUCGCCGAUGAGGCCAUUGCCCGUGGGCAGAAAGAUGUUGCAGAUGUGGUUCUUGCGACUGGUCUGCUCGCCCUCGUCGAUGAUUCCAUCAAGACACACUUCCACUCGAGGACCUCGAAACAAUUACUCAUUCCACGACUACAAAUGGGCGUCGAAUAUGUCGGACCCAAACGCCUGAUCAAUGAGAUGUUCAAGCGCGACACGAGUGGGAGUCACAGUCGCCAGAUGUCCAGCAGUAGUCGACCCUCAAGUUCCGCAGGUGCUACCGCUCCCAGAGCGGUCAAUUGA